ACACUGGAUGAAUCAACAUUGUUUCCACAAUAUUUCAACAAAAUUGCGUUGAACCAAUGUGGAAUAGACAUUGAAUUGACGUAUGUGCCCAGUGAGUAGUGUAUGGUGAGAAACUUGUUGUGCAGAGACACUCUGACAGAGAGAGAAGCAAAGGAGAGAGUGAGGGAGAGGACAAUGGUUAAAAUGGCUGUUUUGGGACUGCUUGGGUCCCUUUUAUAUCUGCUAACAGGUGUCAGUGGAGAAACUCUCUCUAUGUUCUCCAGAGAGGGAGAUGAUGUCAGACUGCCGUGUAACAAUGUGGUUAAUCCAGACUGUUCCUCAACUACAUGGACCUAUAACAGAGGUGGAACUGCCAUUGAACUAGUCAGUCUAGGGAAGGUGAUAAAACAACAACAACUGAACAACAUGGCUGACAGACUGAGUGUGCGGUCUGACUGUUCUCUACAUGUUAGUGAUGUCAGAGCUGAGGAUGCUGGACUCUACACUUGUCGACAGUUCCUUGCAAAGACUGGACCACGACAAAGAGAGGAUGCUCAUGUUCUUCUGUCUGUUCUAACUAGUACCAGUAAUGUUGUUAAGUUGCCCAUCAGUCACAUCAUGCUCUUUGUGACACUGACCAUCAUGGCUGCCAUAGUCACUAUUCACACAAGGAGGAACCGCCCACCCAAGGCUCUGCCCCCACAAGCAGAAGAAGCCUCUGGUAUUGAGGUUCAUGUCCUGGAGGAAUGACCCCUUGUUCCUCUUCUCCCUGUGCUGGACUAAGACUUUCAAACUGUCUGUAGCUUUAUUGAUUCAGUAACAGAGGACAUUAUAAAUGUUUUUAAAGUUGAUGUCUAUAUAUUUUAGUGCGUAGUGUGGAAGAUGUAUUAAUUCGUAGUUGUGUUCUUAUAUUAUAGUAUCUUUUUAUACACCUUUAUGUAGUAGGGAUUCAAAUAUCAGCAAACCUUGGCUGAUGUGUUUAAUUUUUUCUGUCCAUUGUUAAUGACGUCAGCAUGGAGAAAUUCCUUGGUAUUGUUUAAUUAAUCAUUUGUGUCCUAAGCAGACAUAAAAUGAGCACAAUGCUUCUUCUAAAAUGUAUAUUAAUUACUAAAACUGUUUUUAAAUAAACUAAUAAAAAUACAGUAUUUCAAACUGCUACAGGUGUUUUUCAGGCUACCCUUCCACAAUGUCAGGUAAAGCAUGAAUACAUUGACCUUAUUUCAUUUACAACCUUCUUCUAGUCAGCAGCAAAGAUAGAUGUGUCUGUCCUUUUUCUC